AUGGCGUCCAUCAACCGAUCACUACUCAUCACUCUGAUCUCAAUCUACCUCAGCGCCACAACCAUCGCCUUGAAAUUCCACGAUAUCCUGCCCAUAUACGGCCUACCAAAGGGGAUCCUCCCCAACGCCAUCGUCUUCUACAACAUGAACAUCGGAGGCAGAUUGAGUAAUGGAUCAGUCUCUGUCGUCUCUGGCAUUGAAGAAAAAGAAUCUUUGUCGUGGAUGAGUGUUUCGGGUAUGGAUAUGGAAUCGGGUUCUGAUAUGCUCGUGUUUAAUGUUACGGGUGGUUUGCGGAAGAGAUUCCCUACUGCUUUGUUCAAGGAUGUCCCCGAUUGUGAUAGCGAAGCUUACGCACAUGAAUCAGACUCCCACUCUCAAUCGAUUUAA